GAGAGGGAGAUUCAGAGAGAGAGGGAGAGACAGGGAGAUUCAGAGAGAGAGGGAGAGACAGGGAGAUUCAGAGAGAGAGGGAGAGACAGGGAGAUUCAGAGAGAGAGGGAGAGACAGGGAGAUUCAGAGAGAGAGGGAGAGACAGGGAGAUUCAGAGAGAGAGGGAGAGACAGGGAGAUUCAGAGAGAGAGGGAGAGACAGGGAGAUUCAGAGAGAGAGGGAGAUUCAGAGAGAGAGGGAGAGAAAUUCACAGAGGGAGAGAGACAGGGAGAUGAGAUUCAAAGACAAGCGCCAUUCAGAGAGAGAGAGAGGGAGAGACAGAGAUUCAGAAACAGAGGGGGAGAGAGGCAGGGAGAGACAGAGAGAUUCAGAGAGAGACAGGGAGACUCAGAGACACAGAGAGGGAGAGACAGAGAGACUCAGUGACAGAGGGAGAGAGAGACAGACACAGAGACGCAGCCCUAGAGAGACAGAGCCCAGCGCAGGCGCAGGAGGCAGGGCCAGGGGCCAGCGGCCAGCGGAAGCGAGCGACACAGUUGGGGGCGGAGCUUUCUUGGGGUGGGCGGGGCCUCGGGGGGGCGGGCCCGGGGGGUAUAAAUAGCGGAGCCCCGGCCUCCGGCCACACGCAGCCCGAGCGCCGGCCAUGCCCGACCCCGAGGACCCCGAGCGCCCCGGGGACCCCGCUGCCCCCCGGCUGGGCCGCGCCGCGCUGCCCUGGCUGCUGGGCUCCGCGCUGCUGCUGCUGCUGCUGGGCGGCGGGGCCUUCGCCUCCGUGGCCUGGACGGCGCCCCCCGCCCACACCCCCACCCCCGGGGCGCCCCCAGAACCCCCGGACCGCUGCGCCCACCUCCGCCGGGCUGCGCAGGCUCAGUAUGGGCAGCUGGUAGCUGAAAAUGCACAGCUCACCGAGGGCCCUCUGAGCUGGUACAGCCUCCCGGGCCUGGCCAACGUGUACCUGUCCCCAGGCUUAAGCUACGACCCCCAAACCCAGGAGCUGGUGGUGGCCGAGGCUGGUACCUACUACGUCUACCUGCAGCUGGAUCUCCGUCGUGUGCUGGACGGACAGGGCAGUUCCAGCUCUGUCUCCUCAGCCCUGCACCUGCGUCCACCGGUCUCCGGGACCGACGCCGGCCUGGCUUUGACUUUGGACCUGCCGCCCCCCUCCUUCCCCGCCAAGGACUCCGUCACAGCAUUCCAGGGCACCUUACUGCAUCUGGAAGCUGGCCACCGCCUGGCUGUCCACCUGGGCCCCCUGACCAGGAACCACAGUGACUGGCAGCUGGCACAGGGCGCUACCAUCUGGGGACUCUUCCAAGUGGCCUCUGGUGGUUUCCCUUCUGAACUGACCAUGCUACAGCCCACGGGACACCCCUCCCGGGUCUAGCAACUGUCUGGAGCCCACCCCAAUCCCAGGGCUGGUUAACUCUACCUCAUGGGGCAGGAGAGGGGGACCUCCCCAUAGCUGCUGGCCCCUUGCUUCUGCCCUGGAUGGAACUUGUGCUAUUUAUUCUGAGCCUUGCUUCAGGCGGGCAUAUGUUAUAUUAUUGCAGAUCACUUUUAUUUAUUGAGUACCUGCUGUGUAUAGUGUUGGUGUGUGUGUGUGUGUGUAUAUAUUUCUAUGUGUAUGUGUGGGGAGAGAGGGUACACCCACUUGGAAAACCCUUAUUUAUGUAACUGUGUGAACUAAAAAUAAAUAAAGACUCAGUUCAAGCACCUUCCAUGGAAUUCAAGGGAGUUGGUUUGGUGCCCUAGAGUGAAUUCUGUGGCGCUUA